UCAAUUUCUUUUUCGUUUGUUUUCCUCAUCCAUGGUUGUUGUUGCAUGUAUGUAAUAUAUCUAAGGUUUAAUUGAUUUCUAGGGUAUUCCCACAAUUCGCUUUUAUAGAAAUUCUUUUUUACUUUUUUGAGUUUUGGGUUGAUUGAUUUUCUUUCUCUCAGAUAUAGUUUUUGUUUUGCGAUUGUUGAGGAAACUGGUGAUUUUGUUAUUGAAGUUAAGAGUUUAGGUAGAACAGAAAAUAGGAAAAAGGAGAGUUUUUUCAGAAUGGAUGUGAUGGAAGGAUGAAAUAAUAAAGAAUGAGAGAUCAUGGCAUAAUGCAUAGCUUUAGUGUUCUAUGUGUAGAGGGAAUUUGUUUAGUUUCUUGUUCUCAAGAUGAUGCUGCCACACAACAAAUGAUAUUUUGUAUGGGAUUUUGUUCUUUAGUUGAAUAAAUGUUUUCUUUUCAUAUCUUAUGUAAACAAGAUUGUAUAGACGGUUUGAAACAAACUAUGUAGGAAAAUACAAUCUAUUGAGCCCUAGUUCAGAUGUUUUGAUAGAGUAUACUUUUAUGGUUAAGAUUCUUGAAUCCACAAUGAUUUAAAAGAACUUAUACUUAGAAUAAAAAUGUUUCGUUCCAAAAGGGUUCAUCCAAAAUCUUGCAAAUUUUCCUGAGAUUCAAUCCCAUCUGUCCAUUUUCAAUUCCAUCGAUAGGAUCCUUCAAAACAACAGCUAACAACAGACCAAAAAAGUUUAACGUUGGUUAGAUGUAGAAGUAAAGUAGCUUGUUCGUCAUUUUGUUUUCCUAAAUUUUUUUUAUAGCUAGUCUAGGUUUUUUAAGAGUUUUUGCUUUUAAUUUUUAACCCAUUUAGUUUAGAGUUUUAGAGUUUAGUUUCAAUUAGAUGCUAACCACAUGUUUAUAAUCCAUUAACUAACUCCACGUACGAGACGACCACCGCUUCAGAAGACAUUCACUACAUUGAGACAACAAAUGAGUGGUUUCAGUGGCACAACGAACUAGCUGAAUCGAUGUUCACUGAUUGGCGGUUGCAUAACGCUUAGAUAAGACAAUCUUACAUUACAAGUCAUCGAUUGUAUGCGAAUUUCUAUCACCUAUAAAAUUAUGUCAACCUCAAACCGUGCCCCGAGACAUGUCUAGACGAAGGAGGAGGAGGGCACUCUUGUGGAGUGUUUAAUGGAGUUGGUGUCAAUGGGGGGAUGGAAAUCAGAUAAUGGUUAGUUCCGGUCAGGUUGCCUGGCCUAGUUGGUAUGCAUGAUGGCAGAGAAACUACUUGGAUGUUAGGUUCGCACAACGACUGUAAUUAACUGUAGAAUAAAGACACUGAAGCGGACAUUCCAGACCAUCGCCGAAAUGCAGGGGCCAGCGUGCAGUGGCUUUGGGUGGAACGAUGAAAUGAAAUGUAUCAUUGCAAAGAAAGAAUUAUUUGAUAAUUGGGUUAGGUCGCAUCCUGCAGCGAAGGAACUCCUGAACAAACUGUUUUCAUAUUACGAUGAACUUACAUAUGUGUUUGGUCACGAUAGGGCAAUGAGUCGGUUCGCUGAGACAUUCAUCGACGUGGGGUCUAACGAGCCUGGCGGGUAUGACGGAUUUGAUAUAGAGGAUGGAAACGAGGAUUUUCCGCUUGUGUACAGGCAGAGGAUUGACCUAUCACGAAAUGAUGUACGCACAUCACGACCUUCUUGCGCUUCAGAGGGUAGGACCGGAUCGAGUGGAUCAAAGAGGACGAGGGGAAGUCCGCGAGAGGUGGAUGUUGAAGGCAUACAUCUGGCGCUCGACCAAACAAACGAGCAACUCAGGAUGAUUGCGGAGUGGCCUGCACGCGUCCUUGCCAAUGACAACCAUGUGCGCACGAAAUUCUUCCACAUAUUGCAUGAGAUGUCGGAACUCACGAGUUUGGAUAGGGCGUUAUUGCAAAGGCAUCUUCUGUCUCGUAUGGACAACCUUCGGGGUUUCGUACUCAUGCCUGAGGAUGAGAGGGAGGGAUUUUGUAGAGUCCUCCUACAAGACAUGACGAGAUAGUUUAUGUUUGUACUGACCUGGGUUGCUUCUUAUUUGCUUACUUUUUUUUGUAUGAUAUUGACUGUUUAUGCUUUUGCUAUUGUAGUCAACUAUUUUUUUCUUUCAUAAUGUUUAUUUAAAAUUAAGAAAAAUAGUCAUAAUUUCACCCAAGCGUUAUACCAGGUAAUUAUAUAUGUUCAAAUAGGGGGACAUCGCUAUCGCCAAUUACAAAUAAGAAAUAAUUAAUUUGUCUUUA